UUUAAAAGUGCCAAGAGGCCGCCUCUGGACCGUUUCCUCAGCCACACCAGCCACCCCCAGGGACGCGGAGCUGCGACCAGCACCAUGUCGCGCCUGGAGACCGCCAUGGCCUUGAUCAUCGAGGUCUUUGCCCAGUACGCGGGCGCGGACGGCAAUGGGAGGAGCCUGAGCAAGGGGGAGAUGAAGGCGCUCCUGGAGAAGGAGCUGCCGGGCUUCCUGCAGACCGGAAGGGACAAGGAGACCGUGGACAAACUGCUCAAGGACCUGGACGCCAACGGAGAUGCCACGGUGGACUUCAACGAGUUCAUAGUGUUUGUGGCUGCCAUCACGUCUGCCUGUCACUCCUUCUUCCAGCAGAAGGGACUCAACUGACACCCUGCCGGCCCGGAUUCCUGAAGGGGGCACAGGAGCAGGCCCCCGGCUUCCAGAAAGCUCCUGACAGUGAUUAUUUCUCUGGGCUGAUCGAACUGAUGGCCGUCUGAUUAAUAAAAUACUUGUG